AUGACCUUCGAUAACAUCAAUCAGAAUGUCUUUGGCUUUACGGCUUUGGUCGUUUCCCUGGUGGCUCUCCUCACCACCGUGCUGCAGGUCCUACAGCAGUACUUUUCGAGUGCUGAUGGUUAUCGAAGAUGUGCGCCCUCUGUAAUGGGACUGUGGGCUCAGGGUACACAUCGAAAACUACGGCUGCGAGAAUUUAGGAUAGAGGUCGUCUUCGAGACUCCCGUCAUUUUUGUCGCAAAGCCAUCCAAUAUGAGAGGCCCUAUACCAGGCAGGACAAUACACUAUAUCGAUGGCACGGAAACAUCGUAUACGAACACAAGGGUCUUGCAGCCAAUGGCCCAGAAACAGGAGGAGAUGGAAAGUACGGCGAGAGUUCACACCGCGGAUGACGAGAAAGCGUCUUGGGUCACUUUUUUGUCUGCCCUCCAAUUGCAGGAGAAGCUCUCUAGGGAAUGGGAUGCGGAAAUGCGGACGCUCAAGCCGUUGCGGGAUGGCUGUACAAGACCUCAAGACCGGGAAUAUGUGCUUACGGUUGGGCUACAAGGCAAGACUCGGUCAUGGGAAUUUAUACCUUCAUCAAUCACGAAGCCAUAUGCUAAAUCUGCUAUUUGUCAUUUGGUUGAAAUGAUGUCUAUGCUCGGGCUGUACUGGAAAGUCUUCGGCCAAUCAAUUUGGAAUCUAAGAGCAGAAGGGAAUGGCUUUAUCUUGACUUCGACUACUGUUCAUGGGCUGGGUGUGAUGGUGGCGUUUGCCAGCACUGAUACACCCAGCUUUAGGGCAAACAGAGUCAUCCCAUGCGUAGCAAUCAAACAAUUGGCAUUUGGUACUGUGCCAAACAUCUUUGAAGAUGGUUCGUACCUAGACCGCGAGAAAGAGACGCAAAGCCUUGAACUCGUCUUUGGAUCUCCAGAGGAUGUGGAGAUAACGCUCGAAUCCCUCGGGUGUCAAGUCGAGACGCUGAAAAGAUACAAGAAAGACCGCAAGCAGAUCUUCUCCGUUUCCUUUGAAAUCAUUGACAUGCUCAGCAAAGUCUUCCGCAUUCGUGGCUCCAACUUCCGUAUGCUUCCCAAUCCCACAGCCGACUCGUGGCUCAAGAAUAUUGGUGCCAAAGCCUCUUGGAGAAUAACCAGUAUUAUGGAGGUUUUUCAGAAGCGUCUCGCCAGCUUUAUCACUACAGAAGGACUUCCGUACGAAAAUCCUCUUUCCAAGAUCAGCACACAAUGGAAGCGAAUAACUGAGCUCAACUGCGGCGACGAAGCAGAACUUGGUCUCGAAGCUCGCGAAGCCAUUCAUGAUGCGCUUGACAAACAGACUACAUUUCUACUUUCGAUUCGGCAAGUCGACGUCCUGAAUAUCUUGGUGGCACACGUCGCGAAAGUCAUGGAGGUUCUCGAGAACCCAGUCUCGCCUCUGAACAUAAUUGUGUUGGCGAACAAGGAAGUCGCGUUCAUGACUUACUAUUUUCAAGAGAUCCGUCCAGCUGUAGUUGGGAAUACGGGGACUAAGACAGAGCAGGACGAGAAGAACCUGAUUUGGAUCUCGUUGAUAUUUAGAAUGUUGUGCUGGAUGCUGCUGCAUGACUUUUUGAUAAGGCGGAUUCGAUGA